CAGGAAGGUGAGGCAGGGCCCCAGUCAACUAUGCAAGGCUGCGCAAACAGGCAGCACAAAACAAAGAGAAUCCAGCAGCUUCCCGAAAUUCAGGAAUGGACACUACAGCUUUGAUCACCUAAGGCACCACUCCUGCUCCAAAGCUUGUAACUCCAUUUGUCAUUCUGAGGUCUCUGCUUAUCCUGUACCCCAAGGAUGGAACAAGUGGUAGAAGUAAAAAUUGGCUGCCUAUUUGCCCUGCUGGUUAUCUCGAUGGUCUGUGGCCUUAUUCCCAUCUGCUUCAAAUGGUUCCAGAUGAAGGCAACCAGAGGUCAUCCCCCGUGGGGCCUCAGCCUCCGUCUCCUGAGCUGCAUUUCUGCAGGUGUUUUCCUGGGAGCAGGGCUCAUGCACAUGACUGUUGAAUCCUUGGAGAAUAUUGAAUUUGAGAUCCAGAAGAUGAAGAACAGGACAGAGAGUGGGGGGAAUUCUUCUAGAGUUGCUAGUUGGGCUCAUAAGGACUAUCCCUAUGGAGGGCUCAUCAUCUCCCUGGGCUUCUUCUCCGUCUUCUUUUUGGAGUCGCUGGCAUUGCAGUGCUGUCCUGAAACCAUUGGAAGAUCAAAAGUGCAGAAGAAGGAAGUGAGUGAGGAUCAUGACCAUGGACUCCACAGCCAGGAGCCCUUACCCUCGCGAAGGCUCUUUCAAGGAGCCCUCAUUCUCUUGUUCUCACUCUCCUUUCACUCGGUCUUUGAAGGUCUGGCUGUGGGGCUGCAGACAACCGUAGCAACUACAGUGCAGCUCUGGCUUGCUGUCAUGGCUCACAAGGGGCCUGUAGUGUUUGGUGUAGGACUACGGCUGGUGCAGAUCGGCACUGCGUCACGAUGGGCUGUGUUCUGCAUAUUUUUAUUUUCUCUCAUGUCUCCCCUGGGCAUAGCCCUGGGGUUGGUUGUGCCUGGAACAGACUCAGAAGUAGGGGGAGGCUUAGCCCAGGCUGUUUUAGAGGGUGUGGCAGCUGGCACCUUCCUGUAUGUCACCUUCCUAGAAAUCCUGCCCAUGGAGCUAGCUGGUCCUGAGGCACCUCUGGUCAAGUGGGGCUGUGUAGCCGCUGGUUUUGCCUUCAUGGCCUUAAUUGCCUUGUGGGCCUGAGAGAUUCCUGACUUUUCUGGAUCCAGGAGACACCUCCCAAAAGGCUUUGGUCCUCAGACAUUUCUCCACUGAGACUAAGUGGCAUUCACUAGGCAUCAUCCCCAUGAACUGGAUCCCAGCCUCUCCUAUGUGAGAUCCCUUUGCUCAUCCAGGACUGAGAAAGGGACGUUUAUUUUAGGUUGAGUGUCUAUACUUUGGAGAAUUUAUAUAAAGGACCAUCACUGCAGAUUUGACUCUUGUUCCAUUUUUGCUACUAUGUGUAAUAAAUGUCCAAUUUACCCUCCCCCUUCAA